UACUUUAUAGAGAGCAAAACCAAUUGUUUACUCAUAAGCAUAUUUGUUUUUUAAACAGUUUUGAACGUUUUUUUUUAUCAACGCUAUUGUCGCAUUGUACCAGCGCGGAAAGAGACGUCUUUUCGCUCUCUUAUUGUGGCAUGAGUAUUUGUUAAAGAAGGCAGUGUAGAAGUGCAACAUAAAUGUUAUCAUAUAAGUUUUGUAUUGUUUUGUGCUAAUUAUUUCAAAAUAUAAAUUACAAAAGCGUUUAUCCAUGAACAAUACAACAACGAGCGCUGCUAAUAGUACUGUGAAGCGUAUUUCAGGUUUCGCCUAUAAAUUUCUGGACAAAUUAUUUUCCUUAACAGCGCCUCUGUUUGGAGUUCCAAGUGCGGCAGAAACCUCAAAUUAUUUAUUAAACGUAGACCAAGAAUUGGAGAUGCCUAGAACACGCAGACGUCAUUCACAUGCUCGCACCCCUUGUGGGCAAAGAUACAAACGUAGACGUGCAAAUACUAAAGAGGUAACACCACAGCCAGCUAAAGAUGCAUCUCAAACACCACGUACAAAACAUAAUCGUACUGAAACUAGAAGGCGACGACAUGAUUCGGAAGAGAGUACACACGUUUCAAGGGAUUCAUCGUAA